GCGCAACGGUUGUUCCGAGUUUUCUUUUUUUCAACUUGUUAUUUCGUAUUUCGCAUUUCACUCAGUUUUGCAAUUGGCCGUAUCGAACCUGAAAGGGAUCGGGUGCCAUUAAACACUAAGAAGAAGAAGAAGUAAAUAUAAACUGGAUAACAUCGUAAAGGAUGAAUAUUAUUUAUCGUUUCUAGAUGUGAUAUAAUAUAAAGUUUGUAACGAACGAAUUGCAUAAAACAACCAUGAAUCCCGCGGAAGCUGAAAACAUUGCUGACUUGGUUCAGAAUAUGAUUAUUUCUUUGUGCGGUGAACAAAAACCAGAAUUAAUCAGAAGAUUUAUGCGCUUUUCUCUUGGAUUAUUAUCGUCCACUCAAGGCAUAGAAAUAUUAAGAGAGGAUGAAGUAACCGUAGCGACAUGUAUAAAGAGCAAAUUAUCACCACACGAUGCAGUGCAAUUCGAUAAACUACAUAAUGACUUAAAAGAUAGGCUCCUGAAGAAUCGUACAAGUAUCCUGGUGUUUCUGCUAAACAUGGGCCAGUCGGCGGACCAGAUAAAGGAUAGAAUCUUUUCGUUUCCAGAUAUGAAAUUCGGUUUAAGCCCGAUCGCCUCCACCAGCGGGCAGUCGUCGCAAACAUCGUGCUCUCAGGCACAAAUCGUGUCGCUGAACACGACGGAGACGAGUUCGAGGGGAUUGCUGAUAAAUCCGAGUAAAAUAUUUAAUGAGGAAUGCAUUUCGGAGGAUGUGCUAGUUCAGGACUUGAUAUAUUCCUUUCAAAGCGUUGAGGGGAAGGUAUUGAAGCUGGAUUCGAACUAUGGCUUUCAAAUCGAUUCCAUGAUAAAGAUUAAUAGAUCUCAGAGGCAGGCCGUUCUGAGAUUGAGCGAGUUGGGGUACUUGCAUAAUGUGAUACGGAAGGGGUUGGAGAGAAUGUCGGUGGCCGGUGCGGGCAGAGUUGCCGAUAGUUUUGUCGCUGCGUUGCACAAGGAAUUGUCAGAGUAUUACAGAUUUAUAGCUAUAAUGCAAGAGGAAGUAAACAGGUCGCAAAGUCAGAUGGCCAUGUACGGAGUUACGCUGUCACAUUUACAUCUCUGGACGUGCGAUCCCUUGGAGAACCUGAAGUGGUUAGCGAGCAUAGUACGAGCUUGCCAGGGCCAGAAGGGCGGCGCAUUGGCGUCUACAGUUUACGAGUUCAGCUACCAUGGUGACGCUGUCGUAAAGAAUUUGGUGAAAAGAGUUCUGGAAAGCGUUUGCAAUCCUUUGUACAAUAUGUUGAUGAGAUGGAUUGCCGAUGGGGAGCUGGACGAUCCGUACAAAGAGUUCUUCAUUCAAGCAUGUGCUGACGUCGGCGGAGACAGAAUGUGGCACGAGAAGUACCAAGUGAGAAAUUCGAUGGUGCCAUCUUUCAUUAGUAAAGCUCAGGCGAAGAAGAUUCUUGGGACUGGAAAAAAUAUCAACUUCUUGCGUGAAGUUUGCAAAGACUUCUCGCCGUGGCAAGACAGGCACGCGGAUAUGUUCAGAAAUAGCGAGGAGGAAUAUAAUGUUGAAGUUUUCUUCGACAUGGAUCCAGACAGUCGCUUGCAGACUAUGAUGGAUGCCGCUUACAAGGAAACUUCAACGAGAGUCGUCGAGAUCCUGACGAAGCAGUAUCAUCUAAUGGAUCACUUGCAGGGAAUCAAAGGAUACCUCUUACUUGGUCAGGGUCACUUCAUUCAACAUCUUAUGCACCUGCUGGAACCUGAACUAGCGAAACCAGCGAGUUCUUUGUACCCUCACAACAUAUCAUCGAUACUUGAAACUGCAAUAAGAGCAACCAGUACAAAAUUGGAUGACUUGGACGUACAGAAACGCUUAGACGUCAGAUUACUCGCCCCUUCGGAAAGCGAGACGGGAUGGGACGUUUUCAUUUUGGAUUAUAAUAUCGAUGGCCCCAUUGGCACGAUUUUGGAGCCAUGCAGGCAAACGUAUCAAACGGUGUUCUUCGCGUUGUGGCGAGCGAAGAGGAUGGAGUCGAUCUUGUCCGCCAUUUGGAAGCAACAGACAACGUCGGCCAAGAUGUUUAGGAAGAUGCCGGAGGUAUUGCCGAUCCAGAAUCACAUUCAUCUGAUUACCAGCAGCAUGGUUCAUCUGGUUCAUCAGAUGCAGUAUUACUUUUUAUUUGAGGUAAUCGAAUGUUCCUGGGAUACGUUUGCGAAGCAACUCCUGCAGGCGACGUCCCUCGAUGAUAUAAUUGCGGCUCACAACCACUUUGUAGACUCCGUGAGAUACGGCACGUUGUUAGACGAAAAGUCACAAGAACUUAUGGAUCAUUUGCGCUCCGUCUACAGUCCGAUCUUGGAUCUGCAAAACCUCGAGGAGACUUUCCUCGCGCGUGCCACUCAGGAGUACGAGGCGAGAGCGAGUGCUGAGAAUUUUGUGCAGUCGUACGAGCAAACGAAAAAGUGGGGCCGCACGAAUAAGAAGGAUCAGGCAGCCGUGGAACGAGAGGCGGCAUUUGCAAAAUAUUUGAAUACGCUGUCGAUACAAUUGAGACUGCUUUCGAGAACCUAUCAGGACCGUGUAAAAAAGUUUUUGCUAAUGCUUGCUUCCGCUGAAGAUGCGUCGCUGCAGUUACUCAGCGUGCGAUUAGACUUUAACGAGUAUUACAAGAGUAAGGAUAGCAGGCUAGUCGCGCCGUUAACGUAUCAGCACCGUAGGCAAAGUGAUCAUACCUUUUUCGCAUGCAAGUGACAGUCGGCAGGGGAAGACUCGUUAGAAACCUCGAGCCCGAGUCACCUUUCGAAAUGCCAUGUCCCAACCGAGCAGUACUCGCCCGACGUUAAUAGUAAGGAAAAAAGCAUGACUAAUUUUCCCAAUAAUUGUCCACUCUCAUUCUGUUCCCUGUAUUGGCAUCAUGAUACCACCGAUUUCUUUUAUAGACCACAAUCAUCCAAAAUGGUGACAGAUAUUCACGAUACUGUCGCCGCGAGCGACAAGAGAAGAUGUAGAACCAAUUUGCGAAACGCCGAGUUGAGUAAACGUACAUUUCGAAUAUUUUUGGAAAAA